AUGGCAUACCGUCUUCUUGUUGCUAGACAAGAAUCGGGGCCCCCACCGUCACCAGAGUACAUGGCAGAGAAUCAAGGACCGAAUUUGAUGGCAGUGGAGGGACCCCUAUUCGCUUUGUCUACUACUGCAGUGCUUUUGCGGUUCUAUGUCAGGGUUUUCAUGUUGAAAACGUUUGGCUGGGAUGAUCUCAUGAUGUUGAUUGCAGUGGCCAUAAGCACGACAACCUUGGGACUGUUCUUAACCGUCAUCGACCUUGGCCUGGGGAGGCACGUCGAAGCCUUUCCCCCCGAGAACAUUUUCCCCUUCUUCAUGUAUAUGUACUUUUACUCGAUCCUCAUCAUCUCCGCGUAUAGCUUCAUCAAACUGUCAAUCUGUCUCUUCCUGCUGCGAUUGGCAGAUCGAACGAAAUGGCGGCCGUUUCUGAUUGGCAUGCUGGUGUUUCUUGUUGUAUUCACGAUUGGCUCAACAUUUGCAAUCAUCUUCCAGUGCAUCCCCGUGCGAGCCGGGUGGGACUUCAACUUGCGUCCACCGACUGGAGACGCCAAGUGUUAUGACCCAACAAUCUUCAAGAACGUCGGAGUUUUCAACUCUUCGGUCAACAUCGCAACGGACCUGAUAUUCGCCCUCAUCCCCAUUCCCAUGGUCUGGAAGCUCCAAGUCACGCUACGAACACGCAUUGGCCUCGCAGCUAUUCUCAGCCUCGGUCUGUUCGCCUCUGGCGUGGCCAUCUACAAGACACCGAUGCAGGCCAAUUUCUUCAAGGUCAAAGAUUGGUCAGGCGAUGGCUCGUGGUAUUACAUCUGGCAGCAGGUCGAAAUGCACGUAGGCAUCAUCGCCGCUUGCCUCCCAACCAUGAAACCUCUCCUGUCAAACGUCUUCGGACAAGUACGCUCCAUGGCCACUAGGGGCCGAACAACAGGCUCCAACGGUAUCAACAGCACCCCUUUUCGCUCCAACGGCUACGUGAAACAAAAUGAAUCCAGUACGGGCAACAGCUAUGCAAUGAAAAACAUGAGCGAGGCCAGCCAGUCGACAGGACGCGACCCGUAUGACGAAGACGCGGUCUUAGGCAAGGACAUGUCGUAUACCGUCGAAGCUGGACGGGGCAAAACCGACUUUCGCAGAUCGAUAAUUGGGGGCCGACAAAGCGACGACAGCAUCUUGAGCUACGAGGGAGGGUGUGGGCCCAGGAGGCCCAUUCCGAGGGGAAUGGCGAUUGUCCGAACAACCGAGGUGGAUAUCCGUCGAUGA